AUUUUAUCACUUGUUAUCACCGGCAUAUCAGUGAUACUAAAGAUACAGUGCACAGCAGACGUUAGUCAUGGCGCAGGUUAUGUACGUUGACCCAUCAUUUGGGGAGGACGCACCGACUAAUCAAUUUGACUUUACAGAACAAAGUAUACGAAAGGCAUUUAUACGCAAGGUAUACGCCAUCCUGAUGUGCCAGCUCUUAGUUACUUUGGGAUUCAUUGCAUUAUUCGUGUUCCAUGAGCCAACAAAACGAUACGUCAGAGAAAAUACUUAUCUCUUUUGGGUUGCACUAGCAGUGCUAUUCGUUUGUAUGAUAGCCAUGGCUUGCUGUGAAAAUGUCCGACGAACAACACCCAUGAACUUUAUCUUCCUCUUCACAUUUACGGUUGCUCAGAGUUUUCUCCUCGGAGUAGCUUCCAGCACAUUCGAUGCCACAGAGGUAUUCAUGGCAGUAGGUAUUACGGCUGCGGUAUGUUUGGGUCUGACAUUAUUUGCAUUUCAAACAAAAUGGGACUUUACCUUAAUAGGUGGAGGUCUCGUGGCUGCUACUAUGGUCUUGUUAAUGUUCGGUCUGAUAACAAUAUUUAUACCAACCAACAAUAUUGUACGAUUGGUCUACGCGUCUUUGGGAGUACUUAUAUUCUCACUGUACCUUGUCUACGACACUCAACUGAUGAUGGGCGGGAAACACAAAUACAGCAUUUCGCCCGAGGAAUAUAUUUUCGCAGCAUUAAAUCUAUACCUUGAUAUUGUCCAAAUAUUCCUCUUCAUAUUAACCAUUAUGAGGAAUUCGUAGGAAUAAAUUACAUCUAGUCAUAUAUCGGUAUCUCAAGUUAGAGAUGAGUAUUAUUGCCUUACUAGCGUUUCGUAUCAAUAUUAUGGCAUUUUUUAAAGGUAGUCGAAAGUUGGUUAUAUCUGAGAAUCCUUAUUAAGUCUCUUUGGACAUAAUACAAUGAUAACAGUGUAAUUUAUAAGCAAGACCUUAUAACCCGUUGGAUGGUAAGUAUAUGUCACCGUAAAAUUGUAAAUACCGUUAGAUUGUAAUCUAUCUCGCAACAUUGUGAAUAACAACAUAGGGUUUGUGAAAAAGAGCGUAUUAUUUUCAUAUUUAAAUAUCUCGCAGGAGUAUGUUAACAUUUCGACGAAUAUUAAGUAUAUUUUUAAUUUUCUUGAAGUGAAAAUAUCGCAUAGUGUAAAACUUUAUUCUCUUACUACAAUUAAUAUAAGUUUUAAUGAAUACUGCUGGGGGCAGUUAAGAGUAUAUGUUACUACAAAAAUAAAUUAAGUUUUA